AUGGAUCAAAAGCUUGAAGUUCUCAAUUACAUCAAUUAUGAACGCCUUGACCUGGAAGAGCUUGCUGGAACAGAGGCUACGCUGUACGAGACAAUUGCAGCUCUUCCAGCUGGGGAUUUAUCUACUGUGAUUGAGAAUUAUCUUACAGCGAUGGAAAGGACCGAAGACCUUCUUCAAAAGUUGGACGAACUGAAGGACAAAGUGAUUAUGUGCCCAUGAUUUGUCAUUUUAACAAUGGCUUCUUUAGGAGUCACCACACUCAAGAAAAGUUUUUGACCGGUUAAAUCAUUCAUGUUCUUGAAAUUUUGCCUUAAUGUCUGGAUGUUUCGCCUGUAAAUCUUCACAAACACCAGCCGUGAUUUCCACUUUCAGUUUUAGUUUACUUCAUUCAAAGGCUACGGUUGCACUUACAAAAAAUCUGUUUAACCGGGUUAGCUUUUAAAUCACUAGGUAAUAGAUCCAUCAAAAUGUAACCCUGUAAAAAAGGUUGACUUAUUUUAUUUUAGUGGCUUGACUCAAUUUACAUUUUCACAAAGAAGUCGCGCAGUUUUCGGUUUUGUCGCUCGCUCGGGUCACUCAUACACAUGCUUACCUAAGAGUUAUAGGCAAAAUUUUAUCCUGUAUUACUGAUUAAAAAGAGAUUGACUUGGCGCACUUCUAGACUCAAUUCUGUUAAAAUAGGAAAGCUCAACUCAGUCACAGAAGGCAAAAAAGAGUUAAAUUUCAAAACUAAAGUUCUUGCAUGCAAUGUAAAGCCUAAAUUUAAAAAAUUCUCACGUACAGGUGCUGUAGCCAGAGAUGAUCGAUUGAGUGAUAACCUCUAGCUGCAUUAAAUUACCAGGUGAGGAAUGGCAAGGUAGUUAAAAAGGUGUGUUUUUCAUAAAAUGGUUAAGACUCGGCUAAGACAGUAGAAUAGCCAGCUGAACUAGCAUUGAAUUUAAUUAGUUGGAAAAAAUGUCCAUGCGACCGCAGCCACAAAUUGGGAUGUGUUUAAAAAAAACAUCGCUGGCUUGUCAGUUACAAGCUGUCUAAUAAAAAGAUGAAACGGAGGGAAAAUAUCCAAAGAAAAUAGCUAUUGAAAAGGGAAGAAAAAUCCAAAGUUAUUUUUAAAUCGUCAUGGAAUGCAACUAAAAAGUAUACUCACUCGAAAUGUUCACAACAGAUCCUGCAUUUUACAAACAGAUUACGUUUUCAUCAUCAGUUUCGACGGAGAAAUCUUGACUGACGCACCAUCUUUUACAAGUUUUUAAACUAACGGAAUCCUAUUUUUUCUUCUUGGCAUUGGAAGCCAUAUUAAACAAUCGCUAUUAAGUCUCCCAGUGCUAUUAACUGAAACACGUGAGCUACCAGCUUGUACUGUGGGUUUACAGUUGGUUUGCCUACGCAUCGCUUCACAAACGUCCUGUUCGCCAACUUUUGGAGCUAUAAAAGCGUUCAAAAAAGGGGUACUUUACCAUGGGGAAAAUUGUAAUAGAGGACCAAGAAAUGACCGUCGAAUACUCGAGCCCACGUUAUUAUUGGUCAAUAGGUGACCUUACAUGACGUAGCUUGCUGGGUUGUUUGGCGCUUGGUCGAUAGUUUGUCAGUUGUCAACCGUCGCUUUGUUGGUGCUGUUGUACUAUGCCAAAACGUUCUCCCACAAAGAGAGAUUUUCGAGAUUAUGGGGAUAACGGAGGGAGAAAAAUAAAAAAGAGCGAAGAAGGUGCUUCUUCAUCAAGCAGCAAUGUGGAUGAAGAGUUGGUAAGAUCUUUCUGUUUGUUUUGUGUUAUAACAACACUUUCACGUAUUAGGGGUAAGCUCAUAUGAUUUCUAGUACAACAUAACCUUACUUCCUCAGAUUUUCUGGAAUGAAAAAAGCGUUUAAUUCACAAGGAAGCUAACAUAUUUAUUAUACUACUGAGUUGAUCAUCGAUGAAAAGGGAGCAUGUUCUUUUUUCCAUGUUCGAGGGCAAGCUACCACGACAUAUGUCGAUUUCCGUUAACGGAAAUCAAAAAGCAACCUUUCACUGUAGACCAUAACAAAUAAAUAUAAUGGCAGCACUACUUUAUACUUUAUCUAUCAAUAGUUCGCACUACAGCUGCCCCCGCUCUGUGUGUAUCGUGGUCGGUCAAUAGUCCUCUUGUUUGCGUUGCUCUUUAAAAAACAUAGAUUCAUAAUGGAUAUUUUCACACAUAUUGCAUACAAUAGGUGAGAUAAGAAUACAAAAUGAAAAGUUUCAUGCACUGAAUCAGUUCGAUUUUAAAGCAGGUCAGAUCAAACCAUUCUCAGUUACGAGAAUAUUUUAUUCUAAAAUAUAAGCAAAGAUUUGAUUAGAAGUUUUCAUUCUUCACUAUUUCUCUUUUAAUUUUAAUUUGAAAAGGUUUGAUCACGUUGCUCUUGGGUAUUAACUUUUAAGACAAUACAUUAAUGAGAAUUCAAUGAACAGAAUGAUAUGAUAAAAAGAUAUGAUAAAAAGAUAUCUGUUGAAGAGCAGCAAGUAGCAAGAGCUACUGAAAGCAAAGUUUAUGCCACAAUAUUGGGAGGUGGCAGACAGACAAGGUGUAUAAGGGAAUUAAAAAAUAACAAAUACUUGAGGUUAUAAAAAUGUCACUUAAGAUCUGAUUAAAAAUUGCUGAUAGGCAAGUAUUUCUAAGCAGAACCGUACAUUGAAAUACAAAUAUGGAAACCUUAAAAGUUUAGCUCUCUGGAUUUAACAUUAAAGUGAAGUAAAUUCAUGAUCAAAGAUUUUCACACAUAUUCUAUACAAUAGGUGAGAGUAAAAACAGGAAAAGAAAGGUUCCAUGCACUGUAAUAAUACAUGUAUGUAGCCUACACAUUCACAUUACACCUGGAUGUAUUAUUUGAAUGCUUAACAAAAAUGUUUUUAUUUUUUAAGGUUUCGGGUGUCCUUGCUAAGGAAUCUGAAGCACUAUAUCAUUUGGCUUUGAACCUAGAGAAGAAUGACAUAAUUGGCCUGGACAAAAGUGCCACGAAAAUAUACAUGAGAGAUUUUAAUUUAAGAAGAAAGUACUUUGAGUGAGUAUUCUUUUUAAGAUGCUUUGGGGGAGUCAGGCUGGCGUUUAACUAUAGUAAAUAACAACAAAAGCUAAACAAACAAAUAUAACUUGUUAAACAAAAGCCAUAAUAAUUGCCAUAGAAAUAAUGUUAUGGGAGUGAUUCUUAAAAACCAACAGGACCUUUGAGUCCUGUUCAUGCCCAUUCCCUCUGGAGAGGCCUGUGUCCAGAAAAGCUGGUAAAACUAAAACUAAAUACACUGUACUACAUGUACACAAGAAAUGAGGGUUUAUUGACACUUUUCAAGAGAAGACAGUUCCUUAGAUUUAUUUACAUCUUCAGGGUUGAAAACAAUCAAAAUUGUCCAAAGCAGUGAAGUCAAGUGGUGUACUGGUCUAGAGAAAGCAGCUCUACGGUAGAUCUACAUGUAUUAGGAACAAGUGUAAUAAUUACAGAGACCUCUUCUGUGCAAAGAACAUUUGAAGUAACUAUAUCCCAAGUUUGGAUUUCACUGUUAUUAAAAUCGACAUGACUGUUUUAUUUAAGGCUGUGAGUGGGCUCUCUGUUUGGGGAAAGGAUAAAAAAAAUACAAGGAAAGGGAAAAGGGGAGAGCUUGUGCAUUAAGCUUUGGUACCAAUGUUCUACGGCACCCCCUUUGUAUCAGAUACUUGCAUGCUCCUAUUGACUAGAACACUGACUGUUAAGAGGUUUGUUCUAUAUCACCUUUUUGGUCAGCACAUAGCACAUGAUUUUAGUAGUCACUUGUAAAAAGGUCUUCUGAUUUUUAACAUCCCGUCAUCUGGCACUUGACUGAUCACUGACCGUCAUGUUAGAAACUUGGUAAAAUGGCAGCUGACAUUUUUAUUUCCAAAAUUAUUUGCCUAUAAAAAACUUAAGAUCACAAUUUUUGUCUCACAGGACACUCGCUUUGUGUAUAUAGAAAGAAAAGUGGUACACUUUAAAAUACCUGAGGAGGAGGAUCAAGAAGAAGAUGAGGAAUGCUGCCAAUGGAUCUAUGCUUGUUCUUGCAACUAA